AUGGGCAAGGGAUCAGGCAUAUGGCUGGCGAGCACUUGUAUGCGCAUUUUUUUGGCGAGGAACACGAGGGCUGAUAUCGAAUUUGGAAGAAGGGUUCGUAUAUAUAUAUAUAUAUAUAUAUAUAUAUAUAUAUAUAUAUAUAUAUAUAUAUAUAUAUAUAUAUAUAUAUAUAUAUAUAUAUAUAUAUAUAUAUAUAUAUAUAUAUAUAUAUAUAUAACUAUAUAUAUAUAUAUAUAUAUAUAUAUAUAUAUAUUUAUAUAUAUAUAUAUAUAUAUAUAUAUAUAUAUAUAUAUAUAUAUAUAUAUAUAUAUAUAUAUAUAUAUAUAUAUAUAUAUAUAUAUAUAUAUAUAUAGCUUCUUUGGGUACUUAUAAUGCAGAAUAAUGAAAAAAAUUUCUUGAACUCAAAUUUUGUGAACCAGGGGGGUGCGUCUUUUCCAACAAUCUAAAAUGGCUCGUGCACAAAAUUUAAAAGUUGUAAUCAUAUUUUGAGUUAAUAGAUGGAAAAUUUGUCGGGUUUUUAAUUACUGUACAAAAUGUCAGAAAAUUUGGUUUAGUUUAAGCCCUUUAACUAUUCACGCAAAGUUACAUUUUUCCUAAAAAUCAGCUUUUCGCAUGCUUAAUUAAUGCAUUUGCCUAAUUUGCAUAUGUCAGCAACAUGCAAAUUAGGUAAAGGCAUUUAAUUAAGCAUGCGAAAAGCUGAUUUUUUAGAAUAAAACAAAUAGUUAAAGGGCUUAAACUAAACCAAAUUGUCUGAAAUUUUUGUACAGUAAUUAAAAACCCGACAAAGUUUCCAUCUAUAAACUCAAAAUAUGAUUACAUCUUUUAAAUUUUGUGCGCGAGCCAUUUUUAGUUUGUUGGAAAAGACACCCCCCCCCCUGGUCCACAAAAUUUGAGUUUGAGAAUUUUUUUUCAUGGCGUCGGCAUCCAGCCGCUUUUUGCCUUAUCGGUAGACAAUCGGAAUCGGUAGAAUUAUCUAUAUAUAUUUUCGAUUGUCCAGGGUUUUUUUCAGGGAUUUUUUAGGGCCGUUAAACUUCUUCUUGUUGUAUAAACAAAGCACUAGCUUCAAUAGCAUCAUUUGCAUUUGAUAAUUUGGAUAGUCUUGUUUACUUUUAUUUUUAAUUUCUUUAUUUUUUGAAGUAGCCGUUAAACGGCCCCAAAAACUCCAUCUUGAAUUGAGUUUUGAAACUCAAUCUUCUCACCAAAGUUUCAGUGCAGUAAAAAUGAAGUUGUUUGAGUUAAAUUCGUGACGUGUGGAAAUUAGUUUUCAGUUGGAAUCCCGACAAUUAAAAAAAAAUGGCUGGAAUUAAUCUUACAACACAAGAAAAACUAUGCAUUCGCCAUCUUUAACCAGUUUAUAGUGUCCCUUAGUGCCCCUGCUUUAACACAUUCCGUCUCAACUACAUUUAUUGAGUACAGGUGUCAGCCCCCCGGUAGGGGGGGUGCAGCCACCCCAUAUGUUCAGCUUAACUCAAUCUUCUCUGCAAAAACGGACCCAAGAGAAAAUCCUGAAAAAAACACUGUUGUCUAAAACCGAUUGUUGAGAAAAUACGCACUGUAUAAAUUAUAUGCAUUGCAUGUUGCAUUGUUGCAUGAUACACGUUGCGUUUCAACGCAAUAUGAUAAAAUAAUUGUCAGAAAUUCAUGAUAUUACAGAAUGUCAUAUGAACUGUUAUUUUUAAUGUAGACUGAUAGUACUGAUGGAACUGAAAAGGAAGCAGAACAAACAAAGCUAGCUAUUGAACCUGAAAAUACAAUUCAAGUUGCAACAGAAGAAAAGCCGAAGGAUACUAUGGGGGAAACUUUAGUCUGUGGUAUUUGUCAGGUAAAUUAAAUGUUUAAUUCUUCAAGCAAACUCGUAAACAAGUACCAAACCUCAUUGUUUUUUAAAAAAAAAUUUGGAAAGUAUUAAGUGUAACUGUUUACUGACCUUCAUGUAUUGUUUACAGGAUAUCUUUCAUGACUGCUUAAGGUAAGGUAAACUUUUACAUUAUUGAGUUUUGAGCAAGCAACAUUUUUAACACCAUCACUUUAGAAAAGCCUUUGACUCGGUCCCGCAUGAUAUCGUAAUUGGAAAACUUAAACAAACAAACCUAAAUCCUUAUAUCAUCAAUUGGAUUAUAAGUUUUCUGACGAAUCGAAAACAAAGGGUAGUGGUGGACGGAAUUAUAACAAAAUAUGUAGAUAUUAACAAGGGAGUGCCACAGGGAACCGUCAUUGGCCCGUUUCUAUUUUCUCUUAUGGUUGAUGACAUUAAACCCAAACAACCUGAAACUAAUGUAUUGGUUAAAUUUGCUGAUGACAUGACAGUUAGUGCACCAGUAAAGUCAAAUAGUGAUUCUGCAACAAUGGAAGUGAGGAACAUCGAGAACUGGGCAAGGAGAAACAGAAUGACUCUAAAUCUAACAAAAACAUGGGAGAUGCUUCUGAGUGGCGGAACGUCUAAGCCGCCACCAGCGCCUAUAGAAGGUAUUGAACGCAAGGAAUGGCUAAAACUGCUAGGUGUUACUUUCGAGGACGAUGUGUGCUGCUGGGACCUGCACGUUAAUGGCUUGUUGUCGAAGGCCGGAAGCCGAAUGUAUAUUUUAAGAGUAUGUAGAAGGUAUGGAUAUUGGAAGGAACAUCUCAGCUAUCUUUUUGACUCAAUAAUACUAUCGUUGUUUUUAUACGGUAUUGAAAUUUGGGGCUCAGCUCUUCAAAAGAAAUAUUUAGAACGCAUUGACAAGUUUUUUAAGCGAGCGUAUCGAUAUGGUUAUGUACUGAAAGAGUAUAAAAUGUCUGAGCUGAUUGAAACGAGAGACAGAAUUCUAUUCAAUAGGAUUUUAGAUAAUCCAGAACAUAUUUUAUAUGAACUACUGCCUGAAAAAAGACAAAAAAUUUUAAGAAAACGUGAUCAUCCUUUCAUCCUACCUCAAGUCAGAACUGAAAGAUUUAAGCGUUCCUUUGUAAAUAGGUGUCUGUUUGAUUAUUUUUAG